ACUAAGUAAUUCAAAUAUAUAAACUUUGUAAUGUUUGUAUCCUGUAUGGAGCACUGAAUAAAUAAAUUUGACUUCAUUUAGUUUUAAUAGUAACCGGGAAUGUAUGAUAAUUUGAAUGUAAGUAUGGAGUGAAAAAAUCGGACUGAACAAGACAACAUUUACGAAACUCUUCAACAUGGUACAAGGGAGCUUGCAGAUAAAACUACUCCUUCAGCCAAGAAGUGUACACUUUUGGUAUGGUGUACCCUCGUAAAUUCAAUUUUAAAUGGACUGUUGAUUAUCGCAGUAUCUGUUUCUUUAUACAUGUGUUUAAACGUUUCAAAGGCUUCAAAUAGUAAAGAGAGCAUGAGAAAUUUGACUGAAGUUGAGAGUACUUCCGGUUUAGAUAACAUAAAGGUGAUUACAGAUGAGAUCAACAAAAAGUGUGAGGAUGGACUUUCAGACCUGUCUAAAAAUUUGGAAAGACAGACGAAUGAUUUGAGAUCUUCUUCCACAGAAAGCAUGAGAAACGUUUCAGUAGUUGUGGCAAAUAUUAAGAAAGACGUGGAGAAGAGCACUUCCGGUUUAGAUGUCCUAAAGGCAGUAACAGAUGAAGUCAAAACCACUUGCAAGGAUGGUCUUUCAGAUCUGUCCAAAAGACUUGCGGCUUUAGAAAAGCAAAUGAAAGAGUUGGAUCAAGCAACGGAGAAGAAAACACAGACUAUAGCAUUCAAUGUGGCGGAUGCAGUAAAUUACACUGGUUCUGAUGCCAUAAAAUUCUCCAACAUUAUACUAAACAAAGGCGAUGCCUACAACAAAGACACGGGGAUUUUCACACCGCCAAUUGACGGGAUUUAUCAGUUUAAUGCACACAUUUGCGGCAAUAAAACUGUAGACGAUAUAAACUAUUACAUUAAAAUUAACUCAAAAUGGAUUGUUACCGGAGAGUUUACUAUCCCAGCCAGAGCUACAGAUGCAAAGUGUACAUCUUUCAGUGCCGUGGCCUUAGUUAAAAAAGGUGAAAAUGUUCGAGUGGGUGGAAUGUCUUUCUCUCAAUUAGAUGAUUAUAACGAUGAUUAUUGUUCUUUCUCUGGUGUCCUGAUACAAAGCAUAUAAUCAUACAUCACAUUCUCGAUGUAAAUGUCGAGUUUGAGAAAUACUGAACAUUGAAGUAAGACGUGAUCUUACUUCAUUCUAUUUAAAUGUUAAUAAAAUAAACCGGCCCCUGCUUCUUGCUUCCUGUUGAUUUUCACGAAAGUUUGAAAAAUUAUAUGAUUGGUAGAAGCAUGUUGCCAAACGUGUAAAUAUAAAGUGAUUAAACAAAGAUUUAAUCACUUAAUCCAUAUACUUGUUAUAACGUGUCCAUAUAUGGAGAAAUGACCCUUACUAUUAUAUGUUAGUAAAUAGGUAGAAAUAUUGUAAAAUAAUUGUUCAUUCUGUCAUAUUAUGUACAACAUGCAAAGUUCCAUGUGGAUAGUGACGAUUAAUAUAUCCUUGAAAUGUAAAAGCUAUAUCUACGCUACUUGCACUUUACAUUUUUUUUGUUUGAAAAGUAUUCGAAUAUAGAUAUAUUUUUUAUGUGAACGAAAUCAUUGCAAAACUUUUAAAGUCCUUAUUAAGAUUUCUUCCGCGAUACAUUUUAUUUUAUUUACGUAGUGUACCAAUGUGUGUUAAAGAACAGAGUCAUUCUAUAUAAGUUAUAACUCUUUCAAACAAUGCUCAUAAGUUAUGUCAACAACAUCACAGGUUUACUCUUUUUACAUUUUUGAAUAAAAUAUCAUUGGACCUUUAAACUAACGAAACACUCAUAUAUGUAAAACUCUUUGUUUUAUUUGAGUCCAAUUACAUUAUAGUAAAUGGACUAAUGAUAUCUUAGAUUGUCUUAGAUUGUCUAAGAUUGUUUUCAUAUAAACUUCUAAGACAUUUAUAUUAUAUAUCCACGCAUUCAUUUUUUUUCUCUAAAUUUAAGCAUGUCUUGAACAAACAUUAUUAUUAUGAAUGAUUAAAGCUGCGCACCAACUGAGUAAAUAACCUUUCGAACAAUAUAUUAGGAGUUUAUAAGCAAUGUACUGUUUAAAUAUACCCGCUUCGUAUUUAUAAUUUUACAUGUUUCAGGAGAAUAUGACUGAAUUUAUUGACUUUUCGAUUAACCGUUCCUAAUAAAGGAAGAACUGUUUUUGGCAUAUUUUGACAUAAUCUGCAUAAUUCAUGCAUAUUUUAAGUGCUUUGUGGUAGGCUAAAUCAUAUAUACAUAUGAACACAAUUUUAAACAUUCAUUAAAAAAACAAGAUUACUUCCUUGAUAUACGAUUGUUUUAGUCGCUACCAUAUACAUGCAUUUUUUUUU